UUACAACCAAAAAAUAGUGACACUGCGCGGUAUUUAAGAUACUCGCCGCGUAAAUUCAGAUUUCGUUGAACCCUGCGUCGUUUGGUUACUUCGUCUUUAGUUGAGAUUGGACGCCGCUGAUGUUUCAGCGUCCAUGCCCUCCCGUAGGCUGUGUGCUGCGGAGUGAUACUCGGUUGGAACCGACAAUGUGGAGGCUGUUAAAAUGUCUACUUGGAAAAUGACAUGGUUACAAUUUCUCUAACAAUAAGGAAACGGGGGGUAACACAAGAGUUAUGGUUUGUGUUAGAGACGUGUUUUCAGCUUCGUGACGAAGACAACGACGAGACGAGGUGACGGAGGAGUGGUUCAUAUUGUCUUUCCUCAUUUUCUCAAGCCCACAGUCCGGACCACGGGGGGAAGGAUCCUAUCCCCAACUUUGUUUUUCUCUCUACUCCAGCCGUUGAUUUCUCCCUGUUGGAUGCCACAUAAUUGAGUCCAGUCGCUUGCUGAGACUGAAAGGGCCAAGUGAACAGCAGCAGAGAAUGGCUGCAGUGGAAACCGACAAGGAGCUCAACGACUUGCUGGAUUUUAGCGCGAUGUUUGAGCCUCCAGUUUCAAAUGGCAAGAACCGGCCAACUACUCUAGCCAGCAGUCAGUUUGGAGGUUCAGGUAUGGAUGAGAGGAGUGGUCCCAGUCCCUGGGGGCCAGCACAACAGAACAGUCCAUCUUUCAACCAGGGAAGGGGUUAUGGAGAAGAAGGCCUUUACAGUGAGCAAGAGGCGCCCAUGUUUGGAUCAGGGAUUGUUGCAGGGAAGGCUGAGCGAGGACCCUACUCGUCAUUUGCAACACAGCAGGGCUUUAUGCCCAGUGAGAUACCCAUGCCCAGUCCCAAUGCCCUCUCCCCAUCUGGCCUGAAGACCAACUCCCAGUUUUACUCUUCUUAUGAGGGAAACCCUCGCAGGAGACCCUCCCAGGACCCCAUUGAAUCACAGCCAAAAAAGAUCAGGAAGGUGCCCCCUGGCUUGCCCUCUUCGGUUUAUGCGUCAGCCUCAGGAGAGGAUUUUAACAGGGACAAUGCCGGCUACCAAGCCUCCAAGGCAGGAAACGUCUACUCACCAUUCUACGUGCAAGAAGGCCUCCACCCGCCCUCCGAUCCAUGGGGCUCCACCAGGUCGAUGGUUCAGCCUGGUUACUCUGCCAUGCUGGGCAACUCCCCCCAUCUGAACCAGCAUGGUCCCUUCACUGCCAUCAACCCCCAAGACAGACUGAAACGGCAGCCACUUCCCCUCUCUCCCCAAAACUACCCGCUGCAUGGCAGUGAUGUGAACGGGGCUCAUCCCACUGGCUUCCACUCUGGAUCCAGCAGCUUCGGAGUCCCCAGCCACACCCCCCCUAUCACUGGCACUGACACCAUUAUGGCCAAUCGAGUUGUAGUACCUGGAAGUUCAGGGGAUGAGAUUGGAAAAGCUCUGGCAUCUAUCUAUCCUUCAGACCCAAACAGUAACACCUUCCCUCCGUCCCCGUCUACUCCGUCUGGAUCUCCCCAGGCUGUAUCAGGCUCUGCAUCCCAUUGGACUCGCUCCUCUGGCCAGGCCACACCGUCACCCAACUUUGACGGCGGAAUUCAAUCCAUGAGUAAAAUGGAGGACCGUCUGGAUGAAGCCAUCAAUGUUCUCCAGCGUCACGCCAGCGGACAAGGAGGGCCAGGCCUGGCUGAAAUGCACAGUCUGCUCUCGUCUGGCUUAGGGUUGCCUCCAGCCUUCACCAGUGCAGCACUUGGACUGGCUAGCCGCCUGCCUGGACUGAUGUCCGGUCACCAUGAGGAUUCUGGCCUGCCCUCUAGUGGAGGACUUUUGCAUGGUCACCAUGGCCCCACAUCUGGCCAGCCAGGCCCACAGCAUGAAGGUUUUACCGGCCUCGCCAGCAGCCUAAGUCGCUCCAGCGGCAGCGAUAUCAAACGAGAGGACAAGGAGGAUGAUGAGAACUGCUCCAUUACCGACAAGUCAGAGGAUGAGAAAAAAGACAUGAAGGCCCGCCUUCGAACAAGCGUUGUCUCGGUGACUGAUGAGAACCUGACUGCCGAGGAGAAGGAGCAGAGGGAGCGUGAGCGCCGCCACGCUAACAACGCUAGGGAGAGGGUGCGUGUGCGCGACAUUAACGAAGCCUUCAGAGAGCUGGGCAGGAUGUGUCAGGUCCACCUUCAGAGCGACAAGGCCCAGACCAAGCUUAUCAUCCUGCAACAGGCUGUCCAGGUCAUACUGGGCCUGGAGAAGCAGGUGCGAGAGCGUAAUUUGAACCCAAAGGCUGCCUGCCUCAAGAGGAGAGAGGAGGAAAAAGUUUCAGGCGUGGACCCCCAGAUGCAGCUUGGCGGGGGUCACUCUAGUCUAGGAGCAGAUGGACAUAUGUAAUUCUCAGUUCCUGUUGAUUGUACAGCCCUUAGAACACGUGGCCUUAAUCUAUCAGUGUCAUGCAUCUCAGUGUGUGUUAAUCAACUUUUGGAAAGCACACACGCACACACACCUCAUUACUGACAAGGCAGGUGGCCACAUUCCUGACGAUGAAUACAAAAGUAACAAGCACACUCUUACAGAGAGGAAAAUUUUAUUAAUCUUUACAUGACAAUACUUUGAACUGAGGACGCUGGUUUGGAGACAGUGGAAAUUGGACAUAAGGACGUUCUUAUGAUCAUGUUUUUGUAAGACAUUUUGAAAAAUUGCUUUACACGUUGGGAGCAAACCUUGUUUGGAUCAAAUAAAACUUUUGGAUCAAUUGCUCGUGUUAGCAGAGUUAGGAUUUGUACUGUUGGAUAAUUAUUGGCAUUCCCAUCUGAAAAGGAUGUCUUACAUUCUUCACAAGCAAAGAGGGACAGCCGGGUUUAUAUCUUAAAAUUGAACAAAACCUGUUUAAGGUUUACGUGCCUGAAGAAGGCCUAAUGCAUAGUGUUUGGUUAAGAUAAAAGUAGCCAUCUUUAUUAUCCUUUCAUGUGAUGGCUGAAUUACAGAGGUAGAUUUGGAGACUUUGGAGCAACUAACUGGGACACCAGAGAGCUGACUUCUCAUUUUUGAUAUGUUGGUAACUCUGGCCGUAUUUUUAAAAUUGUCUUGCUUUGGCUCUAAAGGUGCCACAGCCACUGACUCACACAUGGUGGGUUGUGUUUUCUUUAUUUUUUACUGUGUAUCCCUGAGUCUUAUCUGUUUAAUGUCCUGUACAUCUGUUAUUGUCACGGCCGUGCAAGUGGAGUGGAGAGAGUUCCGGAGAGAGACCCACCACCGACACAAAAGCGAGCAAAGACUCGAUACAAAUCCAGGAUGAUGUCGAAUCAGAUGUGCACAGGCACAUCCCGUCCCUUCCUGUGUGAGGCUGGCGUUGGACUCAAGCACACAUGUGUCACCCUCACUGCUCACAUCCUUCGCCAUCAUCAUGAAGUGAGUCAGUUUGAACCCUCUGAAUCAAGUGCAGCCAGUGUCACAUCAGCCUGCCUCUGUCAAAUCAUACCUAGACACUGUUGCAGCAUGGUGAACUUGCUUAAAGUAAGUCAGUUUGUAUUGUGCUAGAAGACAGAAACAAUUGAGUAUUUGAAAGGGAUCAUGAGUGUUACUGCUACCUUUUGUGGAGAAUUUACUCAAUCGCCAUUGACUGACUUGUUGUGGUUGUUGCUCUGUGUCGAGCGUCUGGUGUUUUUUUUGUUUUUUUUCCUUUUUGAACAAUUGCAAAGCCUGUUGUAAGGAUCUUCCUUUUGUAGAAUUGAUUUGUCAUUGUUUAUUUUUUACUUUGUAAGAUAGUUGUAUGAGUUUUGUUUUUAUUGUUUGGAAUGCUCUUUCUUUUUUUGUUUACAUUGUUUAAAUGUAAGGCGACUCAAUUUAGAUUCCAGGAACAAAGUGAGGUGUUUUCUUUUGUGCCAGGUGCUUAGAAAUGUUAGAAAUGACAAAAUGAUCUGGCUGUAACAUCACAUGUUGUGAUAUUGCUCUUUUGUUUUAAUUGCUAUGUUUCAACACAAACCUGAAAAAAAAAAAAAAUGAAAUUAAACACAAUAUUUUUCUUCAGCACACCCCCCUCCUGUCGCAGAUGUCCAGCUCAGUGAUGAGCUAGUUGAUUAGAUUGAGGAAGAAGCAGUAGGGGCGGUCUGCACAAUCUACAAUAUAAUUCACUGUCUAACUAUAAAAUGAAGCAUAAAACGAAUCAAAAAGGGUGGCCUUAGUCAUUUUCCUGACUUUGGGAGUUUUGAUAAUGGUUACUCACCAGUGCCUGAAUACAUCUCUGCUACAUGGUGGAUGAUGUUGCAUUUGAAGAUACAUAUAUACUUCAAUUACAUCUGGCAGUGUCUAAGAACAUCUAUAUGAAGAAUUACUCGCUGACACUGGCUGCUUUAGUGUGUGUGUGUCAUUAAAUGUAAGAUGACUAAUAACCUGAUCUACAACUUUGAUGCUGAAAACUGUACUUAAAAUAUAUUUCUCAUCUUUUAUGAACUGAUUUUGUAUAAUUUUCUCCUUGACUGGCAUGUUCAUUGAUAUGUAUGUACAGCUGUAUGAUAUGUCCUCAUCAGCUUUAUCAUUGUAAGCUGAUACUGAUAUGUAACAGUAUUUGGUUUACCUCUACCUGUCAUUUUAUCACAAACCUUGCCCUAUGGACUAGCCCCAAACGUUGUUUUCUUUGUCAGUUAUUCUAGCCUUUCUGCAGAAAAAAAAACGUGGUCGUGAUAUGAAAAAUCGCCACUGAAGAUAUUGUCUGCAAGUAUCCAAGUAUCAAAACAUGCACCUGAUAUUCUUUAUUAACAGACCCUUUCUGUCCUCCACAACAGGUGACCUGCUACAGAUCUCUCUGUCUUCACUCAUGUUUGGGGACAACAUUUAUGUAGGCUAUGUCCUCAAAGUGCCUCCAGUUUCCUAUUUUUUAUAUAUAAAGUAGAUAUUGAGAACUGUUGUGUAUAUAACAGUAAUGUAGCAAUAAAUGUGCCAUUUUUAAUAACAAAA